UUCUGGAGAAUAAUCGCAGUGGAAAUCAAUCAACUCUUCUUGAAACUUAACUUGUUUUUCGGCCCAAGUUUGCCGCAGCGCCACUUCCUUCAACGUAUAAUCCAGAAACCUAACGAUAAUGGAGGCCUUUGUGUUUGCAAACGACUCUUUCUUUUCUUUCUUUAAGUGUCUCAGCUCCCGGAGAACGUCCUCCAUGUUCAAUACUUUGCACUCGCCUCCUUUGGAAGAUGGCGGCCCUUUGUUUUUCCUUUUGCUUCUUCUUGCAUUUUUUGCCAUUUCUCUACUCCCCUCGUAUCUCUGAAUGUGUUCAUAUUUGUCUUUGGGGAUUCGGGUUCACCCUCUUUCAGUUAAGAUGCCAUAUCACUUUACGAACUGCCGCCGAUUUCCAGGGAGCUCAUAGUCCGUGCAUGUGUCUCACAACAUGGCGUUACUGGAAGUCCAAAAGCACAUUUUUAUACAAACUGUCACCUGAAAGAUUGUGAGAACGUGUGUUCACGAUCCAGCCUCACCAGUUGUUGUUGCUGUCCACUGUUUUUCCUCUGGCUAACGUCUGUUUGAGCCAAACCUGCUCAGAGGGACAAGUCAACAGCCGCAGAGGAAACGCCGGUGUUGACGAGGGGAAGCGUCCAUCUUGUUGUGUCGCUGCGAUCAGCGUGAGAUCUGCAGGACUUACGGUUGAGUGUGCAUUAAGGGCGUGGGAGCAAAGUGCUUUACGGGGAGCUAAUGAGCUGCAUGUGCUUUUGAAGUCUGCGCUUCGUUCAGGCCUCGGCUUGUUAAAACUGCAGGCCGGAGACCGGGGGAGACUUUAACCUGCUCCGCAGCAUCUCAGCGGGCUCACAGGUUGGCUUUGUGUGUUUAAGGCUUUUUUUAAUUGAGAUUUUAAUCCUUUGUGCUCAUCACAUGGUUGGCUAGACUUAACCAGAACACCUGUCAGUAAAGAAAUACCAAAGAACCAGGAAAACAGGUUCUCGGACGUUUCAAAUAACCUUUCAGAUUCUUUGGAACUACACAUCUGUUAAGAAAUGCAUGAUGAAAACACAUGAAACCCUGCAUGGGACAGAUCUGUGCUCCACGGUUCAGACUGGUGUACAAAUGACAUUUAAAAAGGAAGAGAGACAGAGAGAGAGAGAGAGAGAGAGAGAGAGAGGCGGGCGUCUGUCUCCUCCUACAUGUGAAGAUGAGGAGGGAGAGGUCCGGCUCCUGUACAUAAAUACCAGCUGGAGGAACCUCGGCUUCACCACAGCUUCAAGGAAUCACGGAGAUCCAGCCUCCAUAAUUGCUCAAACAAUGGCAGACGAAAGCUUUAAGAAGGAGUUCCUGAAGAGCCACAACGACUACCGGGCGGCCCACGGCGCUGAGCCGAUGACCCUGAACGAGGAGCUGACGGCGGCGGCUCAGAAGUGGGCGGAUCACAUGCUGGAGGUGAAUCAGCUUCAGCACAGCAAGACCAACGACGGCGAGAACGUCUUCUACAAGAGCAGCACAGCAACCCUCAAACUGACCGGGAAAGAAGCCGUGGAUUCAUGGUACGCAGAGAUCAAAGAUUACAACUUCAAGAAUCCUGGAUUCCAAGGCAACACUGGUCACUUCACCCAGGUGGUGUGGAAGUCGAGCACCGAGCUGGGCGUGGGCAUGGCGACCGACGGCAACACAGCCUUCGUGGUGGGCCAGUACCGCCCGGCGGGCAACAUCAGCAACCCCGGGUACUUCCAGGACAACGUCUCCCCAAAAGCCUAACCUGGAUUUCAUCUUCUGGGAGGUGAGCCUGCCCAUCGCUGACCCCUCCUGGACCUCCCCCUCCGUGCAGACUCCCUGCCUGGUGCCUCUGGUGCUGGGAGCUCACUCUUGCAUGCCUUACCAUGUAUCUAAUGUCACUUUCCGGAUUAAAAGCUGUGCAUUUUAUAGCCGGCAGAGAGGCGGCUGCAGCAGACAGCAGCUCUGCGCCGAAGACAGAAGUGAAGCCUGAGAAGGAGAAAAGCUGCACGCUGCUGUAGAUCUUCUCCUGACACCUUCUCACACACGUUUCUGUAAAAUUAUGUCGUCUGAAAAAGCAUCACUUGAAUAAAACGUUUUAUCACCUGAAAUUUACUUUGUAAUAUUGAUUGAAUAAGAUCAUAUUUUAUAUACGCUCAACUAAAUUCAAUACAGAUUCGGUAGAGCAUCUUAUCUUUGAUUACUUUUCCAUUUUAUCCUAUUUUGUUUGUUAUUCUUUACUUUUUUUGUGUCAGCCAGCCUCAACUACAAAAUAUUACCAUGUCAUGUAAAAUGUAUUGGUAUCAUAAUCAAGAAUUCUUGAAUCCUGA